UGCUGCUGUAGGCUCAGAAAACCAGGGAUAUUGUGUCUCCCCCCAACGCUCUCUGAUCUUGCCAAAGUUUUCUAUCCCUUUCCAGCAACUGGCAGCUUUCCCUACUCAGCUCUCGUCAUCUGUCCCCCGCAUUACCUAUCGCAACAUGACCUCCCCUGGCCUUGACGCGUGCUAUGUCAAUCGAAUCUCGGUUGAGCUUCUUGAAGCUAUAUUCCUCUACGUCUCGCAGAGCAUCUUUUCGAUGGUGACGACUCGCGUCUGCCGAUACUGGCGGGAAAUCACGCUCAAUAGCCCGCGGCUCUGGACGGAGAUACGCAUGGAAGGACGUCUGACAGAGGGUCAAGUCCAACUCGUGCGCGCUGCUCUCAGCCGUUCACUGCCAUACCCUUUGUGCAUACGGAUCACCGAGGACGCGUUCGUGCAGACCAGCGAGGAUCUGCAGGUCUGGAAGGAGGCAUUCGACCAUGCAGGGCGAUGGGAGGAAGCAGAGCUCAUGCUACCUCGAUCUGCCGAGAUGCUUGUCGACAUAGAAGAAAUCGAUGCUCCACGACUUCGUGCUCUGACGCUGAGCGUCCCAGAUGGGGAGGAAGUAGAAGAUGAAAAUGCGGACGAAGAUGUCAACGACCUGAAGGGGCCUCCCGAAUGGCAGUUUGUUGCGCCGGCAUUGAAGCAGGUCAAGCUGUCUGGCAGUUAUUUUGAUUAUAAAGCGCGACUGCCCCUGCCUUUCGAACAGCUGUCCGAUCUUCGAUUGCAGCUCGCAGAGGAUGCCGGCUCGGUUGAGGAAGUCAUCGAUAUCCUGCGGCCUUGCAGCUUGCUUACGCAUCUUGCCCUCGACAUACUGCAUUGGGAUGAUGAAGCUGCUCCGCCUACACCGUUGACGCUGCCCGCGCUGAAGACGCUCGACAUCAAUAACGCCGGCACCGAGAUCGGCCGUUACCUGAAGGCGCCAGCCCUGCGCAAGGUUAUCUUCCGCAUGGAAGGCGUUGACUUCGGAGAUCCUGCGCGCUACGCCAACACAGAGCUCGACGCCCUCCUCGCGCUCGCGCAAAAAUGUACAUUUACCUCGUUGACCCUGCGUAUCCAGGCGCUCGCGGAUGACGACAGCUGGGAUGUGCUAGAGGAAGUCCUAGGUGAGAUAAGCGAAGUUACCGAGCUCGAAGUUUGGGAGGGAUUGGGAAUGGAGAACGCCGUUAUUCGCACGUCCAUCAUGGCCGACGUAUACCGCAUCCUGGCGUACAACAAACCUUGGCCGCCUGCCUUGCCGAGUCUCACAAGGCUUUCGACACAUUCGCGGAUCGUCGACCUGUUCCCAACGUACUUUCGCGAGGUGCAGGGGAUGGUAACGUCUCGGCGAAUGCCCGACGCGGAAUGCUCGCCGCUGCAGUAUCUGGAAAUCAGCCAGGAUCCGCACCCUAACUUCACCUGGGGGGUGUAUAGCCGAGGGAAAAACCUGAUGAAGGAGGAAUAUUGGUUCGAAGAGCAACCGGCGGGCUUCAAAUGGAUGCUGAAGAUGAGGGAAGAGGGUUUGGAGGUCAAGUCCGACCUCCUGGACAGAUACAUAGCGUAUCACGACAGAGCGGAUCGUAGCUAGGAUCAGAACGCAGAAGUGCGGUCACCACUGGGCUGUGUGAACGCGUCGAAGCGCCUGGA